AGCUUUCACAUGUAAAAUGGGAAUGGCAGUAAUAAGACUUCCUUAUAAGGUAUAAUAUUGUACAUUUUGUGAGGAUUAAAUGAGUUAAUACAAAUAUAACACUAUAUUAUAUUGAUAUUGUUAGAUAUUAUUAUUGAAAUUGCUAAAUUAUUUGAUAGUUUUACCCAAAGUUGAGAUUAGUCUUGAUCACUUAUAAAUAAUUUUUAUCUUUAUGAUUAGCCUUUUCAGAAUUCUUUAGCUCAUCAUUAAUGACUGUUAUUCUCAUAGCAUUGGAGGUGUUGUACUGGUAAACCUGUCAGGGUCUGAAAAAUCUGCUGGAAGAGAUACAAUAGGUUCCAUUUGGUCUCUUGCUGGAGCCAUGCUCUAUGCUGUCUAUAUUGUUAUGAUUAAGAGAAAAGUAGAUAGAGAAGACAAGUUGGAUAUUCCAAUGUUCUUUGGUUUUGUAGGUUUGUUUAAUCUGCUGCUCUUAUGGCCAGGUUUCUUUUUACUUCACUAUACUGGAUUUGAGGACUUCGAGUUUCCCAAUAAAGUAGUAUUAAUGUGCAUUAUCAUUAAUGGCCUUAUUGGAACAGUACUCUCAGAGUUCCUGUGGUUGUGGGGCUGCUUUCUUACCUCAUCAUUGAUAGGCACACUUGCACUAAGCCUUACAAUACCUCUGUCCAUAAUAGCUGACAUGUGUAUGCAAAAGGUGCAGUUUUCUUGGUUAUUUUUUGCAGGAGCUAUCCCUGUAUUUUUUUCAUUUUUUAUUGUAACUCUCCUAUGCCAUUAUAAUAAUUGGGAUCCUGUGAUGGUGGGAAUCAGAAGAAUAUUUGCUUUUAUAUGCAGAAAACAUCGAAUUCAGAGAGUUCCAGAAGACAGUGAACAGUGUGAGAGUCUCAUCUCUAUGCACAGUGUUUCUCAGGAGGAUGGAGCUAGUUAGCUGUUUGUUGUCUGUAGCCCAGCUUGAUAAUGGAACUAUACAGCGAAGAGACAAUCUCUGGCAAGUUUUUGUAGAAAAAAUGUUUCAGUGCCUAGUCUGAAAAAUAACAGUUUCAGUUCUUUGAAACUCUAAAAUAUAUUUUUCUCAUACCUGUUUUCUUCAUUUUCAUAAUGAAGCACUUUGCUAUGUAGCUGUGUACAUAUCACUACAGUUAUAGGAAGUUUCAGUCUACAGUCCAUCCAAAGGACCAACCUGCCUUACACAUCUCAAGGAAUUCAGCUGUUGAAAUCAUUUGAACUAAUCAAGGAAUAAAUCCUAAUGUUCUGGGACUUUAUUUUCACACGUUAAAUGCUGGAAUAUAUU